AUGCAGUCCGGAAUCUCAGACCGCAUUCCAAACCCUCGUCUCCUCCCCCACCCAACGCGGCCUCCUCAUAACCAUGAAAAAGAAACCCUCGUCCCCCUCACCGUCCUCCAGCCCUCCACCUCAUCCUUCGAAACCGACCUCUCCCUCCUAACCCCGCACCUGACCCCAAAACAAGCCCUCUACAUCCUCCUCCGCCGCUACCCCUCCACCAACCCUGCACCCUUCAUCGCCAUAACCUACGUGCCUGAUGCCGCGCCCGUGCGCCAGAAAAUGCUCUUCGCGUCCACGCGCCUGACGCUCGUGCGCGAACUCGGCAUCGAACGCUUCAAGGAGACCAUUUUCGCUACCAAGGAAGAGGAGUUGAGUGCCGAGGGCUUCAAGAGGCAUGAUCAGCAUGAGGCCCUGGCGGCGCCACUCACGGAGGAGGAGGUCAGUCUGGGUGAGGUGAAGCGGAAGGAGGCGGAGGAAGGCAGGGGCGCCGGGGAGAGAAGGAGUCAUGUUAGUAGUGGCGUUGCUAUGCCUGUUACCCCGGAAGCGGUGGAGGCUUUGAAAAGGCUGGUUGGGGAAGGGGGUGAUAAUCUGGUGCAAUUGAAAAUCAAUAUCGCGACUGAGACCAUGGAGCUGGCUUCUAGUACCAGCGUGCCGAUUGGUGGUCUGGCAUCGACGAUCAGUUCUACCGAACCUAGGUACUCGUUUUAUCGUUUUACGCAUACGCAUGCUGGAGAAGAGACAUCGCCGAUACUGUUCAUCUAUACUUGUCCUUCGGGCUCGAAGAUCAAGGAACGAAUGUUGUAUGCUGCAUCUUCUCGCUCUGCUGUGCAGAUUGCGGAAGCUGAAGCCGGGCUUAAGAUUGAGAAGAAGAUCGAGGAGAGUAGCCCGGAGGAUGUAACGGAGCAAAGCGUAUUGGGGGAUCUACAUCCAAAGGUGGAGGUUAAGAAGGCGUUUGAGAGACCGAAGAGACCGGGAAGGAAAUAA